CGCACUCGACUCUCUCAAAGCUCGCAUCACAGCCCAUCGCUUGCAGUUGACACUCGCUAAGCUUCUAGGACUUGCGUCCCGAAUUCUGUUCAUAUUGGAUUUCGCAGUCGCAGGAUCCGAUUGAGUUCUAGUGCUCUAUAUAAUUUCAUCGACCAAUUCCGACGUGAGCUUCGCACAAUGGCAGCUAUGAUGGUCUGUUCCACCGUUGCCGCAGCCGGACUGAGAAGUGCGCCUCUGACCUCCAAUUUGAAGAGGUCUGCUGCGUCAAGUUCCAGCUACAAAAGCGUGAGGGCUCCGAUGUCCACGAGGAGACUGGGAUCCAUCAGAUGCGAAGGUGUGAGGGAGGCCGUCGAUAAGGCCACCAAGAAAGAGAUUACCAAGGACGAGAUUCUGAAGAACCAAGAGGUGAACGAGUCCGAGAAGCAGUCGGUGUUCGGUGCCAAGCCCACAUCCGGCUCCUUCUACCCUCGCCCGGAGGUCGAGAGGCGACCGGAAACCGGUGACAAAAGCCUUGACAGCAUCUUCGCGUUUGAUGGCGCCGCACCUGAAACCAUCAAUGGCAGACUAGCGAUGGUUGGAAUUGUGUGGGCUGCUGUGGCGGAGAAGAUGAGCGGUCUGACGGUGUUCGAUCAGCUGUACACGCAAGGAACCGGGCUGGUGUUCUACGUGGCGCUGGUGCCGCUGAUCGCCUACGCGUCCAUCGUGCCCAUGCUGAACGGCGAGUCGACGGACGCUCGUAGCUUCGGGCCGUUCACGGCCAGGGCCGAGCGCUGGAACGGGCGCCUGGCCAUGCUCGGCUUCCUGUCGCUGCUGCUCACGGAGAGCUUUAUCCACGCACCAGUCUUCCGCACUUUCUUUUAAUUGCCCUCGAAAUUUGAUGACAAGAAAGUAGUCAGUGCAUUGUACCAUGGCGUUACACCGUUCCAACAUUUCAGCCUUUACAUUUUAGUCUGUACAUUAGCAGUUUCAGGCUCGUGCGUAUUGAUCGAUUCACCUGUAAUAUAAUGCUCUUCUGAAAUAUAUAAAUUCCGC